AUGGACCCCCGCGACCGAGACGACCGCACCGGCGAGACCACGCCGCUGCUGUCGGAUCAGCCGCAUCACAAGCCGGACAUUGAACCGGCGGGUAGCGGUGGUUGGCUGUCGGAAGCAUGGCUCCUCUGUCGGUACUCAUUACCGCUCAUCGCCACCUAUCUGCUACAAUACUCGUUCACCGUCAUCACAACAUUCGUGGCUGGCCACCUCAGCGCCGAUGACCUCGCCGCCGCUAGCAUUGGUCUGACGACCAUGAACAUCAUCGGCCUAGCUAUCUACGAGGGCAUGGCUACCGCCCUGGAUACCCUCUGCGCCCAGGCCCACGGUUCUGGUCGCCUUACCGCCGUUGGCCUACAUGUUCAACGCAUGCUCAUUCUCAUGGCCCUCGCUACCGUCCCCAUUGGGCUCUUCUGGGUCUUUUCGCCAUCGGUUCUCUCCCUGUUCGUCAAGCAGCACCACCUGGCCGUCAAGGCCGGCACGUUCCUCCGUGUCAGUUUGAUCGGCAUGCCCGGCUACGCCGCUUUCGAAGCCCUCAAGAGGUUCCUCCAGGCCCAGGGCGAUUUCAAGAGCGCCAUGGUCGUCCUCAUUAUCUGCGCCCCCAUCAACGCCCUUCUCAGUUGGCUGUUCGCUUUCAAGCUGAACAUGGGUCUGGAAGGCGCUGCCCUGGGCCAGGCUCUGGCCAACGACCUGCGUCCCGUCCUUCUGCUCAUCUACAUCGUCGUCUGGGGCCAGUGGUCGCACCAGUGCUGGGGUGGAUUCUCUCGCAAGGCCUUCACUGAGUGGAGCGUGCCGGUGCGACUCUCCAUCGCCGGAUCGGCUGUCAACCUGGGCGAGUGGGCUGCCUUUGAAAUCUUGACGCUCAGCACAUCCUACCUGAGCACCGAGCAUCUUGCCGCACAAACUAUCUUGACGACCAUCUCCGUCGUCAUGUGGCACAUCCCCUUCUCCAUCUCGGUUGCCAUCAGCACCCGCAUCGGUCACUUGAUCGGCGGCGGGCUCGUAGCGACCGCUCGGCGAGCCACAACCGUAUACGCCAUCGUCUUUACCGUCGUCGGUAUCCUGGACGCCAUUCUAAUCUUCCUAUUCCGCCACCAGCUCGCCCUUGUAUUCUCUGAGGACGCCGAGGUCCAAAGGCUCACGUCCGACUCCAUGCUUGCGGUUGCGGCUUUCCAGCUCAUCGACUCCAUCAUCAGCGGAUGCAACGGCGUGCUGCGGGGUCUCGGCCGGCAGGCGGUCGCGGCUUUUGUCGUAUUUGCCGUGAACUAUCUGGCUGCAGUACCGCUCGCGGUCUGGCUCGAGCUGGGAUCACCAGGCCUAGAGCUGGAUGGUGCCUGGAUAGGCCUUGGUGGCGGCAUGGUUGUCAUCGCCAUUAUCGAGUGCAUUUACAUGAAGGUGAUCCGAUGGCAAGACUGUGUCGAAAGUGUGAGAGAUAGAGAAGGCAUGUAA